CGACCUGAACUGUAAUAAGUAAGCCAAUUUUAGUGAAAUAUAAACCGAUAAACCGUCGCACAACACCUAUUCUGUGCAGUGCCAAAAUUUCGAUAUUUCAUAUUAUUGGAAUUCAAGGAUAACAACUAUAUAUUUCUGAAAAAAGUACGACAAUAAAAAUGGAUGACCGCACAGGACUAAUUUGUGUUGGGUUAGUCGUAGUGUCGGCAGCAGUUAUUCUUCUUGUGUCAAUGUUUGGUAUCACAGAAAAAACUUACGAAGAAGCAAUUGCUGAACAACGCAAGUUACCCGAUGAUCUAUUACUAGGGAAAAGAGAGAAAGUGAAAGAAAAGAAACACAAAAAUAAGGCUGGAAAAAAAGUCAAAGAGAAGAAGGAAGAAAAGGAAGAAAAAGAUGAUGAGAAAAAUGAGCACGUACAAUUUGAAGAGAAUCCUCAAAUAUUUAACAGUGAAAUGAUUGUACAGGAGGAAAAGAAUGUGAAAAACAACAAGAAAAAAGGGAAAAUUGAAAGAAUUAAACCAAUUCUUAUUAACAAAGAUGAGCACGUAGUAUUGGCACCAGAACUGAGCCCGUCCCAGCCACAACCUGAGGAAAUCAAUCAUUUUAAUUUGACUCAACCCAAAGAUGAUCUUGAACUCAUUCGAAGUCACAGCAGAGAAAACUUACAGCAUGCUACUCAAUCGGAACCUAUUGUGAGCAAAUCUCCGAGAGAUACUCCUACCAAAUCUAAGAAGAAUUUUAAAGAACAAGGCAAGAAAAGUGCGGAAAUCAAAGAGGAGAAGAGGGAGGUUGUUUCUGUUGCAAGUGCUCCACUACAACACGCAGUUCAAGAAACUUCAAAAGAAGUUAAGGAACAGCAAAAAGAAACACCUGUGAAAGAAGUUAAGGAAAUUUCAAAAGAAACUGCGAUUCCUGUUCAGUCCUCAACCAAAGAAUCUAAGAGUAAAAAAAAAAGGAAUGAUAUUUUAGCACAAAUCGGUGGCGAUAAAGAUGGCAUUAACAUAUCUUUGCUAAUGCCCCUUGUUCAAAAAGCGGAACUCAGCCGGUCUGAGAUUCAAAUUUUGAUUGAUCAGCUACUAAAUAAGCAGUUGGACAACCCUUUGGAGCAUUCUGAAUGGACAGAAGGACGCGCGGAUCCUGUGAUUAAACUCAAAAAGCAACUGGCAGAGAAAGAAAAAGCUUUGGCUGAUGAGCAAGAAGCAAGUGUUGCAGUUCAAAAUAAACUCAAAGAAUUACGUAUGGAGCUGAACGCGGAGAAGUCUAGGUUGUCUGCAAAUGUAAGACAGCUCGAAGAAGCAUUGAGCACCAAAAUAACUGAGACUCAGACUUUGCAUACUCGUGUCCAGCAUAUAUUGGAGAGCCAUGCAGCUGAAAAACAGGGAUUUUCUAGACAGAUCGAACAGCUACAAAGUAAAGUGAACGAGAAUAUGACUAUAAUUCAUAAAAUGCAAGAGGAUCAAGGACAAACCCAAGGGCAUAUGCAGCAAGAACUUAUUGCACAGCGGAAGCAGUUAGAAGUUCAGUUUUCACAGAUGAGAGAUAAUGAAAAUGCCCUAAAAGCGCAAUUGGCCCAAAAGCACGCUGAGUCACAGGAACUCCAAAAUCUAAAUAUGACCGUCACUCAAGAACUACAAAUGCUGCAAUCUACUUGUGAGAAUAGUGCUACCGAAAUAGAAGUCCUCAGGCAACAAUUAGCCAUAAUGCAAGACCAGUUCAUGCAAUCUGAGGGACAGCUGCAACACUAUAAGGAAACUGGAGAGAGACUGCAAGACAUGGCCAGACAGCUUGAGGAAUCUCACCGUACUCUCAGUGAUUUAGAACAUCGACUGCAAAUUGCUCAUCGCCACGAACAGGAAUUACAAAAACAAUUGAGCUCUAUGAAAUCAGAAUUAAGUACAGCCAAAAACGACGCUAGCGAGUCCGCCAAUCUUAAGGUUGAACUCAAUAAGGUACAAAGUGAAUUAAAUAAAUUAAAAUCUCAACUUUCUGUCUCUCAAAAAGAAGCAAAGACAGAGGCGGUUGAAAUAACUUCGCUUCAAACUGAGUUGGUUACUACGCGGGAUGAUCUCUUGAAGUGUCAAUCAAAUUUAAUCAGUACUCAAACUGAACUAAAAAAGUCUCAGUCAAAUACUGCCAGGAUUCAAGGAGAUUUGGAUAUGGCUCAGAGAUUCAUCAGACAGUCAGAAUCUGAGCUCCGAGAAGCUCAGAACGAAGUUAAGACUGUGAAAACAGAGUUCUCUAAGGUCCAGAAUGAAUUGAGUAAGAUUCAGUCAGAAUUAUCUAAGGCUCAAGAAGAACUAAAAAAUGCUCAUAACACCGAGUCUAAGCUCAAGAUGCUAACAGCCGACUUUGAGAAACUUCAACAGAGUGAGCAGAAUUCUUCGGCCUCGCAGAUUGAAAUUACAAGGCUCCAAGAAGAAAACGACAGGCUCUCUUCACAGUCCGUAGUCAUUGCCGAAUUGCAAAAAGAAAUCGGAAAACUGCGCGACGAAAAUGAAUCUCUAGCUUCUCAAUUGGCCGCCACCACAGAACGCCCGGCUGUCGAGGGUCGUGAAAAUGGUCUCGAAACAAAAGCUUUGAAGAACAAUGUUCAGCUAAUUGAACACAAUAACCUAGUGGCACAAAAAGAAAGUCUACUGGAUGAGUUGAGAACAGAAGUAACGCAGAAGAAUACGGAAUUAAGCAAACUUACCACUCAACUCGAAGCUCUGCAAGACGAUAUUCACAACGAACGUGGACAAGUUGCGCAUCUUCGUGAUGAAUUAGAACUUCAAAAGACCAAGAAUAACGAAUUACGAACUAAAAACUGGAAAGUGAUGGAGGCGCUAUCAGCCGCCGAGUCUCGCGUGAAUUCUAUUCCUGGAAUAGCAAUUGAUGAGCUUUCUGAAAAAGUAAAAAUAGCCGAACAGAAGUCUACAGAAGCCUUAUUACAAAGGAUAUUUCCUGACAUUACUGUCUCUGAAACGUCUCACGAGAAAUGGCUCAACACCUUUGAACAAAAAGUCUCUGCAUUUCUCACUAACAUCAAGCGUAAUAAAGACAGUUCUAAUCCUGAUCUCGACUUAGAGAAGCAAAAUCGGAGUCUACAGGAGAUGGUAGCUCAUUAUAAGCAAAUAAUCAACGACACAGAAGGAAUGCUCAAAAAACUCCAAAAUCACACAGAAUCGGAAGAAGCGAGGUGGCACUCCCAACUUCAACAAAAAGAAGAAGAUCUAGCCAACCUCAAAAUCGAACUCAAUAGUCUUCGAACUAACUCAGGUGUCAGUGAAAAGCUUAAAGAAAAGUUAUCUGAGCUGGAGACUAGACUAGCGGAAGCUGAGACUUUCAAGCACCAAGCUCAAACCGAAUUAGCUAACCUUCAAGUUAAACGUGAACAAUCUGCAGUAAAAAGAGGCACAAAUCAAGGUUUCAAUGCUUUGGAGCAAUUGUCAGAGGAAAAGACGAGAUUACAAGAAGCACUGCAACGAGAAACAAGUAAUAAAGCUACAGUAGAUGCAGAACUAACGAAACUGCGCUCUUUGCUAGAAAUUUCUGAGUCCAGCUUGGCAGAGGAAAAGAAUCUCGUCUCACAACUGCACCAGGAACUCUGUCAACUCAAGAACGAGGUUUACGGAGGUUGCAGCAGCUCAGACCAAUCAACUAUGAAUGGACCCCCGGUGUCAAAUUCGUCUAAGACCGAGUCUACAGCGGUGGCGCAAUCUUUAUUGGCUGCACUUGAAAAAACGCUGAAGAAUACAGAGCUUGCAAAAUGUCCCGUAACUGAGUCUACAAAUUUGGUUCAGUGUCGACAAGAACCUGACACCAGCUUUCUUAUAUCAAAAACUUCCCCACAAACGUGUGACAUGAUAGACCACAACACACAGGCUAGCUGGAAUCCCUUGAUUGGCCAGCAACACAAAAAGCACAAGAAAAAAAGGAAGGGUGGCUCAGGAAAAAAGUAAUUGCGAAAAACAAGUUGCGUUAAAGAAGAAUCAAGGAUAAAAGGUGACGCGAAGAUUUAAGAAGAUGAACGAACACUGUGUGCUCACAUGCCAUUGAUGCAUGCAGUGAAGGUUUGGCGAUCAAGCAUACUAAUAUAACAAUGUUUAAAAUAUUGCUGAUAAUCUUUAUUUUAAGAAACAUCAUAUUUUAAUAUGUAAAAGAAGUAUACAAGUUAACAAGUAGAUAGAACACAGAUUAUUGAAAACGGUACGUGUGAUGAUUACAUAAUUAGUUGUAGAACUAUAAUUUGGAUAAUGUCUCAUGGUAUUCUGCAUUUUGGAAUUAACCAUCAUAUUAGCUUGUUUUCAAGACCAAGUGUAACAAUUUUCAUAUAUCAUUUCAAGAUACUUAAUUUCACCUGGAGAGUGACCGCUCACAAUCAGUUUUCUACAACAUUCAGCGUCCAGAUAUGGCUAAACCAUGCUAAAUGUAUUGUUGAUUUGCAGCAUAUCACAAAAUUUUUCAGGUUUUGAACUUACCCUCAAAUAAUGUUGCAAAGUCUAAAUAGAACAUUAUUACGAAUCCCAUAUUCAGUUUCAUCAAACCCUUUAAUCUCCAGCAUUGGUUGGUCGAUAUCUAGUUAGCUGGAUAAAAUGGAAACAAUGAAUAUUACUUACAUGGAGCAAUGCCAUUCACUAGACUUUCAAUGUGGGUAUUUAGGCAUUAGUACUUUAUAAUUUCAUCAUGAAUAAUGAAUUGCAAAUUAAAUGUACAAUAUUUUCUGACACCCGUUAAUAAAUCUAGGCAAAUUAUAGUAAAUAAAUGAGGGAAAAAUUAAUUUUAUUACUGGCAUGAAGGUGACACAAAAGUGAUCGCGAUGAAAGUAAACGCAACUUCAUUCAACCGAAAAGGAACCUGGAGCUUCAGAUAAUUACUUAAUCAUUUUUGUUCAUAUAUUAACUCAAUCAAAUUAUGCUUAAGUCACUGAGAGUAUCCUUUGGCUGUCAUGCUCCAUGUGGGUCAAACUCUAGCAAGAAUUGUACAUUAAUUAAACUGUCUGAGUUCUAGGUUUUGAUGAUUAUUGUAAAAUAGACACUAUUAAGACAGAUUAAAUAUAUGGAUUUGUAUGCAACCAUUCAGAAUACUCUAGAAAAUCAUAUUGUGCAAUAAAAGAAAAAAAAAUCCAAA